CCGUCAUAUAGCCAAAGGGAAUAAAAAGCCCAUUAAAGUUUAUUGAUAAUUGUAUUUGUACCUCUCAAACCAAUUAAACCAAUAAAACAUGUUUCAUCAUUUGGCAACAUUACCAAUCUCUGCAUAAUUGGGUUCAUAUAAAAAUGUCAACAAAGAGUGUAAAAUCAAGGAAAUUCAAUUUUGUGGAGUAUCAGGAAAUUCAAUUUGUUCGAAUAAAAACAUUAAAUGAUUUGGAUAAUUUUAAAUAAAAAAUAUCUGAUAUUUUGGGUAUUUCAAUUUUGGGUAAUAUCGAAUAAAAAUAUCUGAUAUUUUGAAUAAAAAAUAUUGGGGUAUUUCAAUUUUGGGUAAUUUGGUUUAUAAAUAGUAGUUUUUAGAUAUUUGGUUAUUUAGAAAUCAAAUAUAAUUAUUAUUUAUUGGUAUAUAAUUUGUAUUUUAAAACUCAGGUACCCAUUUGGUUCUAUGUUCGGUUUUAAUUUUCGGCUUCAGAAAUAUCAUAUCUGCUGGGUUAUUUAAGAAAUUAAUUUCAAUUUUGGUUUUGGGUUUUUCUGUUUGAUAUGGUUCGGUGCAUGGUUCUAUGUAAAUGUACCUAGAUCUAUACACUAUUUUUUUAUUGAAAUUUAUUUUUAAAAAAUAUUUAAUUUCGAAAACAAACCCGCGCUUAGAAAGCGCGGGUUAAAAUCUAGUUAUUAUUUUAAAUUACGUGGACAAAAAAAAUCUGUACACAAGGUAAACGCUCAAAACUCUAAAUAGUUUCGAUGAUAAAUAUUUUUGUAUGAAAUUAAACAAACAAAACUAUAAUAACAGUUUCAAUCGUUCUACUAUUUGACAAACAAAAUUAUAUUGCCUCAUAUAAUAGAAAAAUUUGGCUUACAGCUGACUGCAUGUUGUUUUAUUAGUGACUUACUGCUUGAUAAAACAGUUACUUUCAUAAAAAUAUCCACAAACUUAAAAAUUACUCUUUUAUAUAUAUUCAUAUAUGUAUAUGUGUGUUUGGGCUAAAUUUAUCAUCAAAUAUUAGUUAAAAAACAUUGCCAAGUAUAAUUUAAUAUUUAAGACGUGAAUCAGGUGCCGUAUCUAACUUAGUUUAGAUAACCGUUAUUGGUCUUACGGAGUACUUCAAGAAGUCUGGUUCUCCUCUUAUAAAGGUCGGAAAAUUUUAACCUCAUUGUUAGUUGGUAUGUUAUGUCUUAGUUUAGAUGGAAUAGCGUUUGAAUCAAGGUAUGUUAUGUGUUAACUACAAAAUAUUAAACGAAUUUUCUAUGAACCAUUUUAGUUACAAAAUAUAAGAAAACUAAAACAUAUAUAUGUCGUUUAUAAAAAUAUAAAAUAAUUUAAGCCAAGCAGUAGAAAACUUGAACUUAUGUCGCAUAAUUUUUACAACUCUUUUGAUUAAAGUUAGAAUAUUAUAAAUUGGUUAAAAGUUAUUAUACUGAAAAUUAUAUAGAGAAUCUUGCAAACUCUGGAGCUUGUAUUGAAAUUUACUUUUAAGUGACUCAAGUGUUGAGUAAAUCUGAAAUCCCAAAAUAAGAUAUGAGAUUCUAUUAAUAAAUUUACAAUAAAAAUCUAAACCUCUUUAGCUAUAUACUAAAUUUGAAACCGACACUUACAUUAUUUCUCAUUUAAAUUGUAAAUAUUUGAAUUUUAAAUAACAAAAAUGACGUUCCUACACUGAUGAAAAUCUGGUGUGACUAUUUUUGAUGCUGAUGAUUAUUUCAACUAUGUUAAAUUGGAAUAUCAUAAAAUGUGUCCAAAAUUUCCAUGAAAUCGUUUCAUCUCUCCUUAUCUUAACAAGUCUUUCUUUCAUAAACUCAAAUAGUUAAAGUAACCAAAGCACAAAUCAAAAUCAGUCAAAACUAGGGGUAGAACACAGUCUACAUUUCUAGCAAUAAAAAAUAUCAAACAAAACCCUAAACCCAAAAUAAAUAAAUUAAUUAAAACAUAAAUCCAAAAAAAAAUAAAGCCUACAUUUAAAAACUAAAAUCCAAACUCUUAAAACCUAACUUUCUAAUCCUUCAAAAGAUACAUUUCCUAAAUUUCAAAGAUUCAAAUUGUCUUUAAAAAAUUUAAAGAAAUUUCUCAACUUUACCCCUAUAAACUAUCGUAUUUCUAAUUGUUUUUAAAAUGAUACACUUUGCUUAAACAUGAUAUUUUAUGUGGUUUUACAGAAAAAAUAUGUAACUGUUGACAGUUGUGCCCAUUGAUAUACGAACAACCCUUGACUAAUAGCUAGGGACAUCAAAAUGAAAAUUUGGAAACGACAAAUCUUUUCACAAUCUUUAUGGAAUCGUACGGGGGAACCAACUCAGGUCAUUAAAGCUUCUUUUUGACAAAACCCUAGAAAAAAUGAUAAUGUUUUUUUUUUCUGUUCAAAGAAAAAAUGAUAAUGUUUAUGUUGUAUAUACAGAACAAUAUAUUCCUGAUAAAAAACUUUCACAAAACAAAAAAACUAUUUUCCUUCAUAAAAGUAAAAUAAAAACCACCAAAAAUAACAGAGUUGAAUUUUCAUAGCAAAUAGGUAGAAUUAGUAACCAUUAGAUAAAGGGCUCCGCUGGACAAAAGAAUAGCAGAUCUAUAUAUCAAAAACAAAUCGAAAGAAAAGCAGAUUAUAGGAAAACAACAAUACAAAAUACUUUACAUUCAAGAACAUCGGUGUAUCCUGAGUCUUAAAAGACUGGUCUUAUCAUCGAAUGGAAACAAAUCCCUUCACAGGUCGUUUUCUGUUGUUGAAUUUUAUAUAUCAGGACCACUUCUCAAAUUUAUUGGACAUGUCAGAAAUUGCCAUUGCCAAGACUAAAUACGAAAAUACCUACUUGUAUGUGUAUAUAUACAUAGUAAAAAUAUAUAUUCUAAGAUGAUACUAAAAGUGGUUGAGUUUGAGGUUAAUUCCCAGUAUAUAAUCGCAUUAACCAGUAUAGGAUCGGGAAUCGGAAACCCUAAGUAAAAUUUAAACCCUAGGCUAAAGAAAUCAAUCCGUAAUUGAAACGAUAUACCUAAAUCAGAUUCAAAAUCAUCUUUUGCAAGCAGAUCUUCAGUUAAUGAACAAAAACUCAUGCCUUGGUCACUCUACGGUUAACCACUUCCUUGCUACGCAUCUCAUUCAUGCAUACUAUCUCUAUAGAUUUUCUUGUCUUGGUAUGAGAAUUGUCCUUAAGCUCGGUGAUGUCUUCUUCCAACAAUGAUUACAUUAAUGGUAACAAUGGAGUGUACCCUCUCUCUCUUUACCUUUCUCCACUCGCUGGCCAUCAAGACAUCAUCCGUAAUCCCUAUAAUCAUCAGCCAACACCAUCUCCGGGCCAAAUGGUAUCAGCAGUGCCUGAGUCUCUGAUGAACUACAUGUCUUUUAGCUCAAACCGUGCUGUGAAUCAGCAAGGGUUCAAGAUUCCUGAGGUGUCUAGAGAAAUCAAGAAGGCGGUGAAGAAAGAUAGGCAUAGCAAGAUUCAGACGGGACAAGGUCUUAGAGACAGGAGGGUAAGGCUUUCUAUUGGAAUUGCUCGCCAGUUCUUCGAUCUCCAGGACAUGUUGGGGUUUGACAAAGCCAGUAAAACAUUAGACUGGUUACUCAAGAAAUCAAGAAGAGCCAUCAAAGAGCUUGUCCAAGAAAAAAAGCUCAACAACACUGAUGAAGAUUUUGGAAAUAUAGGAGGUGAAGUUGAGGAGGAAGAGGAUGGCGAUAAGAGCUUUUUGUAUGGUUCAAGCCCUGAUUCUUGGGAAGAAGAAGUGGCAUGUGAGGUCAAGAAGGCACAGAAGAGAAAUAAGAAGAUUGAACUUAGCAACAUAUCUUCAAAGGAAUCAAGAGCCAAAGCUAGAGGAAAGGCAAAGGAGAUGACCUAUGAUCAUCCAGAAACCAUCUCCGAGAUCACACAAACUGAAACCAUGGACCCGCUCAAGAGGUCUAUAAUCUCCAAUGAAGGAGAACACAUGACACAUUCUCUCUACAAGGAAGCAACCCAAGAGUUCGAUAGUCAAGAAUGUAUCUUAAGCAAGACGAAGGUCAAUCUUCCCACCAAUAUGGAUCAAAUUUACAACCAGAAUUAUGGAACGUCUAUGUUGAAAGAUCAGGGUUCUAGCAGCAACUAUAAUAAUAUUCUGCCUCAAAACUUGGAUUUUUAUUAUGAUCAAAACUCUUUUGUUGAUCAACCCUUUUGUGCAGUCACCAAGACGAGUUUCCCCAGGGGUAAUGUUUGGAUUCAAGACUCUUAUCUAGCUUAAAUUAUUAUUCAUAUAUCUUUGCAUUCCAUGAUAUGUUUCUUUUUCUUGUUUUUAUCUGGCAGGGUUCCCAUAAAUCUUGAUAUUUUCGGAGCAGUAAGCAUCAAAUUUAAACAUGUAAGGCAAAAUAAUCGCGUGUUCCUCUUGUAUGUAUAUUUAUAGUUAUUUGUGUUCUUGGAGACAUGUUAUCUGAUCUUCUGUGACACAUUGAUCAACACAUUUCCUUUUUAAGAGUAAGUUUGUAAGCUUAAGAUGUAUUAGCUAAAGUGGUAUUGUAACCUUUAAAGUAAUUUGAGGAUGAACCAGAAAAUGAUUUAUAUAUAUGGCGAAACCCAAUCCAGUCCAACAUUAAUAAUUCGAUUAGGUACUACACACAACAAUUUUUAGGCCUAACCAUUAUAUAUUUUCAUAGUUCAACGUUUCACAUGCAGAUCUAUAUUAGGUUCGAUUCCUCAAACCCUAGUUUCCAUUAGGACCCACAUUCAGACACAUGUAAAGUUUGAUUAAGGGGGCGAUUGGUUUUCCCGCUACCACCCGCAAACGCAGCUUUUGCGGUUGGUAGCGGUUGUCGGUGGUUUGCAACAAUCACUCAGAUCGCUCUAAACCGCUUCAAACCGCUUCGAAUCUCAUAAAUUCAAAAGCUGGCUCCA